AUGAUUACUUUGUUGCAUAAAUACAUUUUAAUACUGUUGCUAAUCUCAGACCAACCAUCAGAUAUCAGAAGAGAAUCUCAGAGAGUUGGUGCAGAAAAUGUCCCACCUGCAUCCAAAGCCUGCAAUGAACAACCUGCUCCUACUGUAACAAAUGGCAAAGGAUCUCGUCAAAUCAAAGGCUCAGAUCUUAUGAACCAGCAGUUUAAGGCACUUAUAAUUAAGCGCUUCCAGCAUGCUACACGCAGUCACAAAGAUUUCUUUGCCCAGAUUGUGCUUCCUGCCAGCUUUGUGUUGCUGGCUCUAGUGUUUACUUUGAUUGUACCCCCCUUUGGAGAAUACCCCAGCUUAACACUUCACCCAUGGAUCUACGGACAACAGUUUAUUUUCUUCAGUAACGAGCACCCCGGCAGUGAGCAAGUGGUA